UUCUUUUCACAGACGAGAGAGCCAAAACCCGAAGUUCCCCGUAGUUCAUGCUUUUUUCCGUAUCUUUAAUGUAGCUAUCCUAACCAAAUCAACCGUCCACGAUGUUUUAAAGUAUUUAUAAUGUAGCUAACCUAACCUAAUUGACCAUUAGUAUCCUUUUAUCAACACCGCCAUAUUUAUUUACAAUGAACAAAAAAAAAACCGAAGAUGCACGAUCUGGUGUUUGGCUCUCUCGUCUGUGAAAAGUAGGCUUCCCCGCCACCUCAGUGGGGUAGUUAGGGUAUGCUGGUUCUUGAAAUUAUUUUUUUAUGAAAUUUGUAGUUAUACAGCUUGUUGAUUAUUUUAUGAUUAUAAAUUUCUACUAGUAAUAGUCUUUUGCUGUUAGUUGUGAACGAGCUGGUUAUGGAGGAUGACACACGACCUGAUUGCAAAUACGGUUCGCUUUGCUACCAGAAAAAUGAACUUCAUCUUAAGAAAUACAAACAUCCACCAAAAAGGAAAGUUAAGAAGCAGUCUCACGGCGGCCUCAAGAGGCUCAAGUCUCCGCAGGAGGCAUCUGCGGCGGACACUCGCACCAAGGACAUUCAUGCAAGAGACAAACCAACAAAUGACACAUCUGAAAACCAUACACCAACAAAACAUACACUAACAAAACUCGCACCAAAAAAUGACACACCUAAAAACCAUACACAGACAAAACUCGCACCGACAAAAGACAAACCAACAAAUGACACACCUAAAAACCAUACACCGACAAAACUCGCACCGACAAAAGACAAACCAACAAAUGACACACCUAAAAACCAUACACCGACAAAACAUACACUAACAAAACACGCACCGACAAAAGACAAACCAACAAAUGAUAAACCAACGAAAGAUGAAACAACAAAGGACACACCAGUAAAGAACUCCCUCAUAAAAGACACUCAUUCGAAAGAUGUUUUGGUGUCUGUGCGAGACUCGAUCAAACGAAUGUUUUUAGUUGAUAUGCCUGAAGACUUCUACAGUUUUUGGGAAUUCUGUACAUCACUGUGUCCAAAAAAACCAGAAGAUGCCCUGAGGGACUGCGGACUGUCGCUGGUGGGGCCGUACGAGGUGGUGUCCGGCCAGCUGCGGGAAUCAGACUCAGCCGAGGUGUCGGAGCUGCUCGCUCGCUGGCGAUACUACUACGACCCGCCAGAGUUCCAGACGGUGCUGAGGGGAGACGACAAGAAGAGGUUCCACAUGGGCUACUUCAGGGACGAGCCGCUCGCUCGGCCGUGCUUCGUCGCCAGCAACUCUGCCGCCGUCGACUGCGUCGUCACGCCCGUCGCAGAGAACCUGUUCGGUGCCGUCAACUCGUACCUUGAAUCUUCGAGGAGGGUGUGCGACCCUUUUCGUAAGAUGAAACUGAAGAAGGUUCAGGAUGCUGUCCAGUCAUGGGCGAGAGACAAGGGCUUUGACUUGGACACCUUCACUGCCAGGAUGAAGGACCGGGAGAGCAGAGUCGUGGCUCGGACGUUCCACAAAGCUGGGAUCGUUGUGCCGUACAACAAGAAGACUGAGCUGGGCUACAGACCUCUUCCGCUGUCCGAAGGCAGCCUGAGGAGCGUCCUGAAGCGGGUAGCGGCCAGCAGGAGCGAGGAGGAGCGUGUGGGCCACAUGGAGGCCCUGCAGCCGGUGCUGACGGCGGCCAGCAUCGCCGGGGACGAGUGUGACUUCGGCACGGGCCUGGAGCUGGGACUGGACCUGUUCAGCUACGGCCACGAGUCCCUGCACGCGGCUGCCCUGCUGCUGCUCUGCACGGCCUACUCCCUGCUCGACCGGGAGCCCUUCGCUCGCAUCGCCAAGGCACACUUGAGUAAUAGAAGAAACAUUCCUUGAUGAACCAUUUUGCCACCUCGGGGGUCAACGGUUUGAUGAAGUGUGAAUUCUGGAUGAAGCUUGAUAUUUUAUAUUGGUAUUGUUUGUAACAUUUCAAUUAUAUUUAUUUUAAGCGUGGUUAGUCACUGUUACCUAUCUUACUGCGUGACUAUACAUAUUUAUAUAUAUUUUUUUUAAACUGUUCUUUGGUUUUUUAUUAAUGUAUUUAUUGUUGUUUGGUUGUCAGUAGGGUUCUGCGAAUAUUCGAAAUUUCCGAAUUCGAGUUCGAACUUUUUGAUAUUCGAUUCGUAAAUUCGAAUCGAAUUCAUUUUACAAUAAUUCGACUUGCAAAAUCUGGCCGGGAUACACUAAUAUAAGACAUCCCCCCCCUCCCCCUCAAGUUUUAAAGAAACGUAAAUGGACGAUCACAUCCACUUUCAAAAAUUAUACAGCGAAACCCCUUAUUUAAGUUACCGUUAUUUACGUUUUCCCGUUAUUUGAACCUUUUUAUUUCUGUCCCGUUUUAACCUCAUUUGAUGUAAUGUAAUAAAUUCCCUUUGUUUACAACGCGCCUUUUGCUUUACGCAGUUUACGCCGUUCGUUCUGAUAAAACUGCUUACUAACUUAAUUAAUCCUAUUAUAAGUAAUCUGAUUGUAAAUCGUGUUUUAAAGACGUUUUUAAAAGUUAUAAACUUCAUCUUUAACGUCUCGGGAGUCGUAAAAACGUAAGCAGCGCCAGUUUGGUUGUGUUGAUUCCUGUAUUACCGUAUAGAUCGCGCGCACGUAGUCGAAGAUUGAUAUCGAUAGCUCGCAGACUACAUGCACGCGCGCGCUCUGUUAGCAACAGAGUUAACCCGCACGAUCGUUAUGCAUUUAGUUACAAAUUACGUUCUUGUUAAGGGUUUAUUUUUUUUACGUUGAAUAAAAUGGUUUUAUUGCAUCACUCAUUAAUUUAAAUUAUUUGGCGUGCUUUCGCAAAGUCUACUUUUUAAAUAAACGUACUUUCCAUGAAUAGGUUUUGUUUUUAUAGAAUUUUUUUUUUUUUUUUUUUUUUUUUUUUGCAAAAUAGUAGCACCAACGGUCUCGCCCCUAAUUUUCAAACUUGAUUUUAGAAUAAAAUGAGCGAUGCUUAAGCGAUAAAAACGGUAGGUAAUUUGUUAUUUCUCUUUUGUACAACUUCCUUAUGCUGUGAUAUUUUUAUUAAUAUUUUUAUCCUUGAAAGUCAAACAUGCUAAAUAUGGUAAGGUGUGAUACUUUUUAUGGUAUUCCCUUUAUUUACACUUUCCCGCUUUUUAAUUUUUUUUCUUUGACCCCAUGAAAAGUGAAAAUAAGGGCGCGGUUACACGGGAAUCUGAACUACUUCAGGUGAACAUGUUCAGCUGUUGAGUGCGGUUACACACAGUAUGAACAUGUUUCGUUCGAGGCCAUUUCCCAUUUAACUUAAACAGGUUGGCAAAGUAGUUCAGAUUUACAUAUCUUCUACAUUAGCCUCUGAUUGGCUGUUUAGAAUAUAAACAGUCCUUUGCAGAAAUUCAAGAUGGAAAGUGUUCCUGGCACAAGUUUGAGUAAUAUUUUACUGAAUGCAAUAAAAAAAAUCAACAGGUAAUUAUAUAUAUAAUUUUUUUAAUUGAUCCUGACCUUAAUUUUCUUAAAACUGAGAUACGUACUCUCGCUCAAAAAAUAAUAAAAAAUAAGUUUAAGAAUUUUUACUGUGCAUGUUGUUUGAAUUCCCGAUUUAUAAAAAAAAUAUUGUGCAAUAUGAAAACACAUUCCAUUUCUGCUUAUAAUACUGUAUAAACAAGUGAGAAAAUCCCGCGUUUUCUGGAUACAAAAUAGAGAAGAUCAACAACAGUCAUUCGUUCACAGUAGACAAUCGGUUUUAGAACUGAACACACUUUUCAGCAACUACCGUGUAACCGUACACUUUCGCGUUUGUAAACGUGUUUACUUAAACAUGUUCACCUGAAGUAGUUCAGGGUCCCUUGUAACCGCGCCCUAAGUUUUACUGUAAAUAAUGUGUGUAGCCAUGUUCCACUUUUUAAAAUAACCAAAUAAAACUGUCAAACGUUCAAACACACUAAUGAUUGCCAGUCUGUAAAUUUACAAAAAACAGUAAUUAGUAUGAUUUUCAGAGAAUAACGGACAUUUAAAUUAUUGAUACGGUACUUACAAGUUUUUCAAAGGUGAUAGGCCUAUGUUAAAAAAAUUUUAAUUAUCAAUGUUAUUUUAAUAAUAAUUAUUCUCAAUCUCAAAUUCGAUUCGAAAAAAAUUCGAAACUCGUGAAUUUUUUUGAAAUUCGAUUCGAAUUCGAUUCGAACUAAAAAAUCACAAUUCGCAGAUGUCUAGUUGUCAGUCGGCUAGGAGUUCUGCAAACUGUAAUAAGUGAGGUACUGCCAGUAAUAACCAGUGCACAGCUACACAGUGAGACCGGAAGAGUCACCAGCCACUCUCCAAGCUGUCUGGCCAUUGUUCCCGAUGUGUCUCCCCCUGCCUGAUCCUUCUGUGAAGUUGUUUAUCAAGAAAAGAAAUAAAGUUUCAAUUAGUAAUGUU